AGAUGCUCGACUAUAAUCAUCAAAUAGGGCUUGCGUACCCUGUCCGCAACGUAUGGUCGAUAGAGACUUCUCCGAAUAAGGCGUCCGGGCAGAAUGUCGACCACUCAUUCAGUCUCACUGCAAGGAUCUUGGAGCGUCCAACAACAACAUUAGCGACGUCUCUUCCGCCCUCUGAGACGUUCUGUCUUGCGAUACAAGUUGAACAAGAGCGGCCUCGGUCCGAGAACGCUAUCUUAGCCUCGUAAGGUAGCAUUCUAUGUCAACGUUCCUGGACGCGUCACCACAUCAAUCGCUAAUAAGCUUUUGGCCACCGCCCCAAGUCUGGAGAUGUCCCAGGGACCCCUGCGCGAAAGAUACUCAUCGGGUUGAAUGGUCAUGGACGUUUGGACGAACCUCCCAUCCACAGAUCGUCGGAGAGUCCUCGGAGAAAGCUUUCCGAAAGACUUAUCCGAGAGGAAGAGAACGGGGGGGGAAACACGAGAUCGUUAUCGCUUCUGGAAGGGCACGCACGACGUCCAGGUCAACCAACGAGCAAACUUGCGUCUUCGGGCUUCUAUUGCGCCGACGAGUGUAAGACGCACGAGGCCCUUGACGUUGCGUUCCCACCGCGACUAACUGCAUGCGCUACGGUACCGGACUGGCCAACUUGGGCGGUCCACGACCAGGGUCCAUUCCUCCGUAUUACAGUUAAAGGCCGCCGACUGGUUAGCCACGCGACGCCUGCAUCCCAUUCAUCGACCUUCCUCUCCGGGAAGGAUUGACCAAUUCAUAUCCCUCGGCACCGCACUUGGUGAUACUUGAGACCCUGGCUUCAACGCAGACUUAUACUUCUUCAUACUUCCUUGAGACGUUCAAUUUUUUUCUUUUGUCGGCUUCUUUGUCUUUUCGAAACACUCUUUUAGUCGUCACGGACGACAUAUGCUCCAAGAUGGCACCCACUGAAGCAUUAGACGACCGCAAUGGCGACAUCGAAAGCAGGCCUGAAGAAGAGACGCCGUUAUUGUCACACGACUUGCCACCCACAGUCGCUCCGAGCCGUAGAUACCAGCUAAAGGUCAUUGGUCUGGCAAUGACCUUUAUUCUCAUCGUCGAGGUUGGCGCCUAUCUUCAGAUCCCGCCUUCAUAUCAGCUCAUGGAGGAAAUUAUCUGUCGCCAACGCUAUCCCGACCACAUCAUCUCGGCCGAGGAUGAUGAUGUAUGCAAAGGGCCGGAUGUACAAGGCCAGCUAGCCAUGAUUAAAGGCUGGCAGAACUCAUUCGACUGCGUCCCAUCUUUGCUCACUGCGAUUCCCUACGGAGUUAUCGCAGAUAAGUAUGGCCGCCGGCCAGUCCUAUCUUUGGCCAUGUUCGGUAUCACGCUGGAGCUUGUCUGGAUGCUGCUACCCCUUCUGUGGCCCAACGUUCUCCCUCUUUGGACCAUGUGGUUCGGAGCAGCUUUCCAAUUCAUAGGUGGAGGCGCAGGCAUGAUUCAAGCCAUGACCUGGACCAUGAUCUCUGACGUCGUCCCCAUUUCCAGCCUGACCGCAGUUUACUACAAGAUUGGCGCAAUCGCGCUUGCGGGAGAGCUUGUAGUUGCGCCUCUCAGCGCCUACCUUUUGAGCAAGAACCCAUGGUUGCCUCUUAGCGUCGGCAUGGUCCUCUUAAUCAUCGGCACAUGUCUGCCGCCUUUCAUCCCAGAAACCCUGGAUCUCCGCCGCGCCGCCGAUCAGGAGGUCGAGCAGACACUCUCGCGGUCCGAAGAAGACGCGAGGGACAAGCGCACGCUCAAGCAGCAGAUCAUAUUUGCUGUGAAGAACGACAUGGGCCAUGUCUAUACCUUUUUGAUCAAGUCCAAGAGCGUGAUUUCUCUUGUUCUCGGCUUCAACCUCACAGUCAUAGUCAAGUAUGUCAAGAUAGACAUCAUGUCACAAUACGUGCACAACUUGCUGGGCUGGUCUUGGGCAAAGGCAACGCUCUUGGGAACCGUCUCAACGGUUACAAACAUGGUCAUGCUGCUCGCCAUUCUCCCCGCGCUGAGCUGGCUGAUCACCAAGCGUACGGGAGUGCAUCCUCUGGUUCGGGACCUCUGGCUCACUCGAAUGAGCGGCAUCCUCCUGGCUGUCGGGUGCUUCAUGGUGGCCAUUGCAUUCGCACCUUGGUUCUUAAUCACUGCCCUCAUCAUCUUCUCCAUGGGAACCGUUUACACAAAUAUCUGCCGAGCCAUCCUUAACGCCGUAGUCGAGCCGCACACGAUCGGUACCCUAAACACGGCCAUCACCUGGGUGGAACAAGUGAGCCUGCUGGUUUCGGCUCCGGUGAUCUCGGGCUUGCUGAAAGCUGGCAACUCGGCAGGAGGCAUAUGGCUCGGUCUGCCGUAUAUGGCUGCGACUGUCAUGGCUAUUGCUGGUACUGUGAUUGCGUUUGCCUAUCGUUUGCCUAGAGACAAGAUUCGAUAGAUGUCUACCUUGUUGUUGUCUAGAGGGAUAGACGUCGAUGCACGGAAUACAUGUCCAUUAUAAUAUAGAGAGAUGUACAUCCCGAAUACAGUUAUCUUCAAUCUCUCUGUUUGAAAAGUACAAAGGGCAAAUUCAUUGAGAUUAAAAAGCUGCUGCGAGUAAAGAAGGGAGAUGGCAAGAUU